AUGGCAAAAAUAAUGUUCAGGGUGUUUUUCUUCAAAUCUCUUUUCUUCUUUUGGUACCGUUUUCUCCUUAGGCAACUGAAGAACCUCAUAGGCUUCCCCAAAACUAUUAGCAAUUCAUUUGCAAGUACAACACAGUUUAAAUACCAAAAGUUCCCCUCUCUCCUUCCUCGUUCAGACCUCAAUGACCACACUUUGAUCUUUGAUGUAGAAAAUGCCUUGUUGAAAUCCUCUUCUCUGUUCCCAUACUUCAUGCUUGUGGCCUUUGAAGCAGGAGGGCUCCUCAGAGCCAUUCUUCUGGUUCUGCUAUACCCUUUUGUUUGUUUAGCAGGAGAGGAGAUGGGGUUGAAGCUAAUGGUCAUGGCAUGCUUUUUUGGGAUCAAAGCAGAGAGCUUCAGAGUUGGAAGGUCUGUUCUUCCUAAGUUCUUCUUGGAGGAUGUUGGUUCAGAAAUCUUUGAUGUGCUGAAUAGAGGUGGGAAGAAAGUGGGUGUCAGCAAUUUACCUCGAGUAAUGGUGGAAAGCUUCUUGAGAGAGUAUUUGGAAAUUGAUUUUGUUGUGGGCAGGGAGCUUAAAAUGUUCUAUGGUUACUACGUGGGAUUGAUGGAUGACAGAAAAAAUAUGCAUGUUUUGGAACAAGUUCAGGAAGGGAAAGGGUGUUCCGAUGUGAUUGGAAUUACAACAUUCAACAAGAUUCGCGACAAUGAAUUUUUCUCUCAUUGCAAGGAAGUUUAUAUGGUGUCGGAAGCUGACAAGAGAAGCUGGCAAAAGCUAGCAAGGGAAAGAUACCCCAAAGCACUAAUCUUUCAUGAUGGAAGAUUGGCUAUGAGACCCACUCCAAUGGAGUCUAUAGCAAUGUUGAUGUGGCUUCCUUAUGGGAUAAUCCUUGCCGUUAUUAGAAUCUCACUUGCCCUUUCACUUCCAUUUAACAUCUCAACACCCUUGUUGAUAAUGAGUGGUAUACGUCUCACUACCUCAAUCCCCAUAAGCUCCCAACGUAACAAAGAAAACGGUAAACCCAAUGGUCAUCUUUACGUGUGUAACCACAGAACAUUGCUAGAUCCUCUCUACAUCUCGUUCACAUUAAAAAAGAACUUAAUCGCCGUCACAUAUAGCUUAAGCAGGAUGUCAGAGAUAUUGGCACCAAUCAGGACCGUGCGAUUAACCAGGAACCGUGAUAAGGAUGCAAAGAUGAUGCAACAAUUGCUGGGUCAAGGUGACCUAGUUGUGUGCCCAGAAGGGACCACUUGUAGAGAGCCAUAUUUAUUGAGGUUUAGUCCUCUGUUCUCAGAAAUGUGUGAUGAAAUAGAACCCGUUGCUAUUGAAAGCCACGUUAGUAUGUUCCACGGUACAACUGCUGGAGGGCUUAAGUGCUUGGACCCAGUGUUCUUUCUCAUGAAUCCUUCCCCGGUCUACACGGUUCAAUUGCUGAACCAGGUGUCCCGUUCACGUUCACACACAACAAAUCUUGAUUAUGAUGGUGAGGGUUCAAGAUUUGAUGUGGCUAAUCAAGUUCAAGCACAGAUUGGAAAUGCUUUGGGAUUUGAGUGCACUAAACUUACGAGGAAAGACAAGUACUUGAUUUUGGCUGGUAAUGAAGGCAUAGUUUCGAACAGGAGGAGUGGCAAAUCGUAGGGUAGCUACUCAUUCAUUCCUUUUGAUUGUACUUAUUAUCAUUUUUUCACUUUGUAUUAAUUCCUAUCUUGUAGUAUAA